AUGAGUCAGAACACUGAAAAUACUUCAGAUUAUAAUCCCAAGCAAGUUUCUGAAAAUGUUGAUUCUUAUAGAGACCACCAAGCUAGCCUUAUUCACACUGACUCUCAAAUAUCUCAAACAUCAACCAUUACUGGCAUGGAUCACUACUUAGAAACUGAAGACAAUGAAGACGAUGAGAAUCAUAAGGACAAUAAUACUGACAGUGAUAAAGGCCUAGAGGAAUUCAGUGACCUUUUUGCUAAAACUUCACAUGACCAUCAUAAAGCUUCUGAUAACGAAGAAAAUCACGAAGACGACGAUAACAGAAGAAGGCAUGAUGAUGAAGAGGUGGAAUAUAGCGACGAAAAUAGCAAAGUAUAUAAUAAAAGAGAGAAUAUCAGAGAGUAUCGUAACGAUGAAAAUCAUUACAAUGAUAAUUUCGAAAAUCAGAGUUCAUUAUUUAAUGGUGAAAAACAAAUGUUUGAUUACAAUAAUAAUGGAAUGUUUAAUCAUGAUAACCAUGAUUCUUUGGAGGAUGUUGAAAUGAUAAAUAAUGGGUCAUCGCGAUAUGAAUCAGAUAGUGAAAGUGGUCCACAAUCGAGUAAGCGAAUUAAAAGGAAAAAGCUAGAUGAAAUCUUAGGGCGUGAAGACGGUGAGACCGACAUGGAUGAUGAAACAAUGAUUGAUAAUGAUCAAGAACCAGAACAAGAUAAUGCUUUCGCUCCGAUACCGGAGGGUUUAUGUGUUGAAUGUCGAGAUCAGGAAGCUUCAUUUUUUUGUGAGCAAUGUAGUGAAGAUUUUUGUGAAGUAUGUUUCUCUAUGAUUCAUCGCACAGGAAAUCGGCAAAAGCAUACCAAAAAAAACUUAAAAAAUGAACAAAGCAACGAUGUACUAGAAAAUGACACCAAAGAUGUUGAAUCUGUUUCGCAAAAAACUUCAAACAGUUAUACGGGCCUUGAAGGAUCGUAUUUUGAUGAUCCGGAUGUCGAAUCUAAAACAACCUCAUUUGGCUCAUCAAGAGACGAUUCGGCGUUCGGAAAACGGCUAGUGGAACGUUCUAAAUAUAUUCCCAUCCGAUUGGAAGCUGCCCUUAAUGUUUCUGAAUAUACGGAUAAAAUCGAUAUUAUAUCACAUUCUUUAAACAAAAAACACCGUAUCGUUCAACAGAUCAAAGAAUUAUGCAGCAUUUUGUCUGGCUUAGUCGUUGCAAGUGACUAUAAAAAAGGUCAAGAAAUGUUCGCAAAUAAGAUGUAUGAAGAACAUGAACAAUUCUUUCAAGAUAUUUUUGAAAUAGGGAGACGACACAAAAUAAUGAACCCAGAAAAAAUGAGAGAUGCUUAUGGAAAACUGAUGUACAUGUUAAUGGACUCUAUUUUACCAGAAGUUCAAUCGUUGCUUUCUUUUAAUUUGGUCAAACCCAUAAAAACUGUUCACGGUUUUCUUGAGGAGCGAGAUGGUCUUGAUUUACUUUACGAUGAAAAAGUUGCUAUUGCUACCAGGGAAAUUAAACCGGAAGGAAAAAUGAGAUUCCAAAUAAACAAAGAGAUCAGGCAAAAAGAAAUGGCUGUUGAAACAUUAAGCCGUAAAUAUGAAAAUAGUAAACUAUCAUCCGACGACAUAAAAACGUGUUUAUAUAGCAUUGGUGAUAACAACUCUUAUUUGAGGGCAAAUCGCGAUUGCUGUGACCGUAUGCUCAAACAUUUGAUAGAUCACUUUCAUCCAAGAGAGGUCAGAGACGGCUAUUCUUUGGCUAUUCAUUCUGGACGCAACGGCGCACGUCUCACACACAAUCAUGAAAUGCAGUAUUGUUAUGCUAACCAAACAUUGUCACUCUGGAGCGAGAUUCAAAAUGAAAUGUUUAUGCUUUGGUUUUUAGCCGACCGUGAUAUGCUAUCAGAAUCUAAUCUCUAUAGAUUACGAGAUACCGGUCAAGGCUUGAACAGAGUUCAAAAUUGUCCAUCUGUUUCGAGAGCUAUGCACAUAAUUCUACAUCGUGCUCAACAAAAAGCAGGUUAUUGGGUUGGAAGCUCGGUUAUUCAUCUAGGUGAUAAAAACGUACCAAAUGCACUCAUGUUUAUUGAUAAGUACAAUCAAGUUUCACGCAUAUUAAAUCCAAUAUUGAUAUGUCUCGAUAAUAUCAGACCUUUGACUGAAAAAAAUUCCGGUAUCCGAUCUUAUAUUAAGGAUUCUUUUGGAGGUGUUGAGGAUCUCACUAAAAAAAUUCUUGCAGACUUUUUCAAAUCUGCUUUUGAUGGCAGUGGUGCUGACAAUUUCUUUGAUGCUGGAAGUUGUAUUGAUGGACGUUUAACAAGUGCCUGGAACUGGUGUUCGUUAAUCGAAAAGAAGACAUAUUUUCCAGUGUUUUUAUUAACG